CGGAGCCGACGGGCGCGCGCGCGGGGGAGGGGCGGCAUCAGCACGGCGCUCGGGGAUCAGCUGGCGGGCGGGCGCCUAAGCGGCCCCGGCUCUGCGGCAGCGCCGCCUCCUCCGCGUCGCAGGCCGGCGGCCGUGGCCAUGUCGCGGGGCUGGUAGCUGGGCUCGGCGCUGAGCCGCCUCUAGUUUAAACUUAAACGAUCGCUCUCCGAGGAGGAAGGGACCCGUCGCGCGAUUGACAGUGUAUUCCUGCAGGCGCCGUCCCUCAGCCCCCACCCCACGGCCGGAUUCCCGUGGCUCUGCUCCGGGCUGAAACCCGAGAAGAAAUCCUUCGAUUUCUUUUCUUUACAACAAAUACUAACCGAGAAACCAUCGGCAUUUUGCCUUGGCGUUUCCUAUCGGAAAGAUGAAGAAGUUUUUCGACUCCAGGCGGGAGCAGGGCAGCUCUGGCCUGGGCUCAGGCUCCAGCGGAGGAGGGGGCAGCAGCUCAGGCCUGGGCAGUGGCUACAUCGGAAGGGUCUUUGGCAUCGGGCGGCAGCAGGUCACUGUGGACGAAGUGCUGGCGGAAGGUGGAUUUGCUCUUGUCUUUCUGGUGAGAACAAGCAAUGGGGUGAAAUGUGCCUUGAAACGUAUGUUUGUCAACAAUGAACAUGACCUCCAGGUGUGCAAGAGGGAAAUUCAGAUCAUGAGGGACCUCUCAGGGCACAAGAACAUUGUGGGCUACAUUGAUUCUAGUAUCAACAAUGUAAGCAGUGGCGACGUAUGGGAAGUUCUCAUUCUCAUGGACUUCUGCAGAGGAGGACAGGUGGUAAACCUGAUGAACCAGCGUCUACAAACAGGCUUUACAGAGAAUGAAGUCCUGCAGAUAUUCUGUGACACCUGUGAGGCUGUUGCCCGCCUACAUCAGUGCAAAACUCCUAUUAUCCACCGGGACCUGAAGGUUGAAAAUAUCCUCUUGCAUGACCGAGGCCACUAUGUCUUGUGUGACUUUGGAAGUGCCACCAACAAAUUCCAGAACCCACAGGCCGAGGGAGUCAAUGCUGUAGAAGAUGAAAUUAAGAAAUAUACAACGCUCUCCUACCGAGCCCCAGAAAUGGUCAACUUGUACAGUGGCAAAAUCAUCACUACGAAGGCAGACAUUUGGGCUCUUGGUUGUUUGUUGUAUAAAUUAUGCUACUUCACUUUGCCAUUUGGGGAGAGCCAGGUGGCAAUUUGUGAUGGAAGCUUCACAAUUCCCGAUAACUCUCGAUAUUCUCAAGACAUGCACUGCCUUAUUAGGUAUAUGUUGGAACCAGACCCUGACAAAAGGCCGGAUAUUUACCAGGUUUCCUACUUCUCAUUUAAACUGCUCAAGAAAGAAUGCCCAAUUCCAAAUGUACAGAACUCUCCCAUUCCUGUAAAACUUCCUGAACCAGUGAAAGCCAGUGAGGCAGCUGUAAAAAAGACCCAGCCAAAGGCCAGACUGACAGAUCCCAUUCCCACCACAGAGACUUCAAUUGCACCCCGCCAGAGGCCUAAGGCUGGGCAGACUCAGCCAAACCCAGGAAUCCUUCCCAUUCAGCCAGCCCUGACUCCUCGUAAAAGGGCCACUGUUCAGCCCCUACCUCAGGCUGCAGGACCCAGCAGUCAACCUGGCCUUCUUGCCAGUGUUCCCCAACCUAAAGCCCAACCCACACCUAGUCAACCUCUUCAACAAUCUCAGCCCAAGCAGUCACAGGCUCCAUCUACCCCACAGCAGACAUCUUCUACCCAGACCCAAGGUCUGCCUACCCAGGCCCAGGCCACUCCCCAGCACCAGCAGCAGCUCCUCCUCAAGCAGCAGCAACAGCAGCAGCAGCAGCCACAGCAGCAGGCAGCACCACAGCAGCCAACAGGCACCUUUUACCAGCAGCAGCAGCAACAGCAGCAGCAGCAGCAGCAGCAGCAGGCUCAGACGCAACAGUUUCAGGCAGGACAUCCAGCAGCCCAGCAACCAGUCACUGCUCAGUUCCCUGUGGUCUCCCAGGGAGGCUCUCAGCAACAGCUGAUACAGAACUUCUACCAGCAGCAGCAACAGCAGCAACUGAUGACACAGCAGGCUGCUCUGCAGCAGAAGACUGCUGUGGUAGUACCACAGCCUCAGGCACAGCCAACCACAGCCCCACAGCCAGCUGCUGCUCAGGAGCCUUCGAUUCAAGCUCCACCAAGACAACAGCCAAAGGUUCAGACAACUCCACCUCCAACUAUCCAGGGUCAGAAAGUUGGAUCUCUCACUCCUCCAUCAUCCCCUAAAACCCAGCGUGCUGGGCACAGGCGGAUCCUCAGUGAUGUAACCCACAGUGCAGUCUUUGGGGUUCCUGCCAGCAAAUCAACCCAGCUGCUCCAGGCAGCUGCAGCUGAGGCCAGUCUCAAUAAAUCUAAGUCUGCAACUACCACUCCCUCGGGGUCUCCACGGACCUCGCAACAGAAUGUGUCCAAUGCUUCUGAAGGUUCAACAUGGAAUCCUUUUGAUGAUGACAACUUCUCCAAACUCACAGCUGAAGAACUGCUUAACAAGGACUUUGCCAAGCUUGGGGAAGGAAAGCUUCCUGAGAAGCUUGGUGGCUCAGCAGAGAGUUUGAUCCCAGGUUUCCAGUCAACACAAGGAGAUGCCUUUGCCACUUCCUCAUUUUCUGCUGGAACUGGUCUCCAGAGAGAACCCAGUCCUUGUCCUGUAAUUACUGUAGAGCACUUUAAAGAACCUGUGGGUGCCAAAGGCCUCGCCCUCUAUCCAGAUCCCUGCAGAAUUUCUGGAACAAAGACUCAGAACACCCUAGAGUCUGACUCCUUGGCCCGAGAGGGCCCUUCCAGCAAUAGCUCCUUCCACAGCAGCGAGGAGGAGGGCACUGACCUGGAGGGGGACAUGUUGGACUGCAGCGGGUCUCGGCCUCUCCUUCUGGAGUCUGAAGAGGAGGAUGAGAGCUGCAGACCUCCUCAGGGGAAGCUGGGAGAAGCCACCCUGUUCACUGAGCCUGGAGUGUCUGCUGAGCCAGAAAAGGGGGGACGAGGCGGGAAAAAGAGCCAGUUCUUGCCAGUCAACCAGCAGGCCUCAGAUGGUCUCGGAGAGCCUGAUGUCUUUGCCAUAGCCCCCUUCAGGAGCUCUCUGGUUCCAGCAGAUGACGUGGACAUUUUCUCCAAAGCCCCUUUUGUCUCCAAGGGCAGUAUAGCUCCUUCCCAGACAGAGGAGGUGGACGUGUUCUCCAGAGCUCCUUUUACCAAGAAGAGGAGCGUGGAGGAGUUACUGGCUGUGCAGGGCUCCUCACAGGAUUUGCCGGUGCAGGCCAGCCUUAGUCAGCCCAGUGAAGGGCUCCUGCUUCCAGGCCGUGAUAGAGCCAUGUACCCCCCUGCCCAGGUGCAGUAUCCUGUGACUGGCUUUGCACAGCAGGCCGGUCUCCCCUCCCACUCUGUCCAGGUGGCAGAUCAUUUUGACAGCAGCUCUCCCCGGGGAUCUCCCCUGGAAUCUGGGGGUCAUCCUACUGACAGAAACAGAGGACUGCAGUUCCAGAAAGAAGCCUUCUCCGGGCCUAUGGCUUGCAAGCCAUUCCGCCCCCAGGCUUUAUCCAAAUAUUCCCGACAUUAUAGCCCAGAAGAUGAGCCAAGUCCAGAAGCUCAGCCCAUCGCUGCCUACAAGAUUGUUUCACAGAGCAAUAAGCAGUUGCUAGCUGGCUCUGUGUCUGUCACAUCUCUGUCCUCCAGGACUACAGAGCUGCCUGCUGCCGACCCUUUCUCUUUAGCGCCCUUUCCGUCAAAAGCAGGCAAACAGAAACCGUAGGCACGAGACCAGCCUGUGGCCUUCCUCCACCUACCCUACCAACACCUAUCACACCACUCCUGGCUGGCCUUUCAGGGAGUAGCCGCUGUGACCUUGCAGUCCCAGCCUCAGAGCAGAAGCUCUUUAGGUUACACUUCCUGCUUUUGUUUAUGCUCAUUUCUGGACUUGUCGGCAUUGCUGUUCCUUCAUAUAGGCAUUCCACCUGCACUCUGAACUCUGGUUCUUCUCUGCCCAGACACCUUUUUAAUCCAGGAAUAUUUUACCCCCUGGUAACAGGGGCUGUAUUACACCACAGCUUUGAAGGCCAGCAGCUCCUAUGGGGAGGUGCUUGGAUCAAAGAGUCAAGAUGAAUCCCAGCACUCAACGAUACUCUUGGAAGUAUUUCUAGGAAGAAAAAAAAACAGCAGUAUAAACCCACUGCACAUCUGAAAAAGUCAGUCCUUGAGCUCCUCAUUAUUCACUCCUGUGGAGCCGCAGCUCUCAGGAUUCUGGGAUCUGUCACUGAGUCUAUACGAGCCAAGCUGGCCUGUGUGCACAGAUGUCUGGUCUUGAUAUGGCUCAGAUUCUGUCACGCAGAAGAGCACACAGGUGGGGAAAGCUCACUCUGCCUUACCACAGUUCACUUUUUAGAGUGAAACCGCCAUGCCUACCUCCAUUAUCCAAUCAUUUCCUUGUAUUUGCCUGACUUGAACCUUGGCUUUAUUUGCAUUUUUUUUCUCGUGGUAAAAUUGAAGUUGUUGGACCAUAUGGGGCAAUUCUGUUGAAAAUGAGGUUUCAGAAUGAAUUUUUAAAAUUCCAUUUACCUGGUUUUGAAAAAUAUCCAAAACUGGACAUGGUAUCUCAUGCUUGUAAUCCUAGUUCUUAGGAAACUGAGACAGGAGAAUUACCACAAGUUAGAGGCUAACCUGGUCUUAAUAUUGAAUUCCAGGCCACCAUAUCUCAACACCCUCUCCUCCCACCCAAAAAAGUCACUGGUCCUUCUGUUUUUCCCUGGCAUCAGAGGAAGAGCAUCUUUAGUAUUGCAGUCACUGGGAAUCCUUCCUGGGUACCUUUGUUAUGAAAUUCAUUAAUCAGGACCCUAAGCCACAAACUGCGUUACCUGUUUCCUCCCGCAAACUCUGCCAUACACCUCUGUUGCCUCUAGAAGUUGAAAAUGAGAAAGUGCUGGUCCGCUGUCCUUGCAGAUGUUUAAAUUAGCUGUUCCGUUCAGAUGUUAAAGUAGAACAGACAGGUGACUGGCUGUGUUUUCAGAAGUGCGUUUUUAUUUCUGGAAAGCUCUGACUCAUCCCUGUGUUUUCAUACCAUUCAUUUUUAGUGCCUUAAAAGAAAGCCCAUGACUCUGCAGGGAGGUUUCUGCUGAGGAAGCCGAGUUUCAUGGAGACAGCCUGCACCAUACUCAGAGUGUGUGCUUACAACUUCUAGCAUAGUUCCUCCUCUUGCUCGGGGAACUCUGGAGAGUUCAUCAAGCUAGAUUAGUGAUAGAAAAAUUGUUAGGAGCUGGGCAUGGGAGCAUACUCCUGUAAGCAGGAAAGGGGUUCAAGGCCAGCCUAGACUACCUGAGACACUGUCCCCAAAAAUAAAAGAAUUACUGAAAAUUUACCCAGUAAUGAGUCCUAAAUGCCAGGCUGCACUUGUAAUCAUUUAGUUGUGAUGUCCUUUAAAUUUGAAAGUCAGGGUCUGGUUGUACAACUUGGUGGAAGAAUACAUGCUUUGUAUGCACCAUACCCUGGAUUCUGUCCUCAGUACACCCAGAAAUAAUAGAAUAAAGCCCAGGACUCUUGGCAGUUAACAUAAGAAUGGUUACUUUUUGCCUGGUGUGGUGGCAGGCACCUUAACCCCAGACCUUGUGAGGCAGAGACAGGUGGAUCUCUGUGAAUUUGAGGUCAGCCUUGUCUACAUAGCAAGAUUCAGGCCAGCCAGUGAGCGAAAGCUUGUCUUAAGAGGGUGAAAGGGAACUUUUGUUAGUACUUCUCUUUUUGGUAUUCUCCACCUGUUUAAAUGACAGGCAGUGUGUCAGGGUCCCCGCCCCCACCAGAAACCUGCCUUACACUUCAGUAAAACCUAACUAUUCUCUCUAGCUAUUUGCUUUCUCAGUUAAUAUUUUUGAAUGUUUUGAAUACUAGUGGAUACAAACUGGUCUUUCUGUUAAAUGAGUAGUUUGGGAAUAUAUUUUGCAACCAAUCUUCCCAUACUUGUUUUCAGGAGAAGUCCUCAAAGGUGUCCUCACUUGAUGUCACAAGCUCUUUCCAGGUUGCAGCAUAGACCUGUAGACCCAGCUGCUUAGAAGGCUGAGACAGGACAGCCUGAGCCUAGCAGCUCAAGGCCAGCUUUGGCAACAUACAAGGACCCAUCUCAUGAAUAGAAAUUUUAGAAUGCAAGGUCAGCAUCAGCUUUGUAACCGUGCUGCAGACUGUUCUAACUUUGAUUACUGGAUCACUCCAUCUAAUCGUACAGUCAUUUUAAUUCACAAGGUCCAAAUUAGAAUAAAAUCAUGCACUCCUUAUUUUAUAUAGUUGAAUCGUUUGUGAAGUGUGGGCUUGAGGCCUUUUUCAUCUACUGAGUAGGAAGUCUACCUGUCGUCUUUUCCUCGGGAGUGAGUGUGACCACAUGCAGCUUGUCUUCUCCUCUGGCACUUUGCGAAGGACAUCUGACAAAGAGACUAGCCAACUCGUGAGUUCUGAAGGAAGAGUCUGGAUUACAGGAUCAGUGUGCAAUUGAAUGAUCAGGUGUCCUGGUGGGAUGCCAUCCUGAGUGGAAAUCUGGAAAGUUUGUUUCACGGGGAAUUAGGAGUGCGUAAGUCUAUGAAUCAGUUGUAAAUUGCCAGUGACCAUACUCUAACAGUUUAAUAAUAAGGAAGAGGAACAGUGUCAAUGAAGUACUGUACUUUGUUUUAAUUUCCGCUGUGUGUUAGUCGCUUUGUAUAUUUCAUAGGAAACACAGAAAGUUGUGAACUUUUGACUCAGUAGAAAGAGAUGAGUCAGAAUAUCUUUAGCUAAAGCCUUAAGCCGCAUCACGCACUAAGGAACUCCUGAAUGAUGUGGUAGACCGAGGACAUAGCUCAGAGGUGGAGCCUGGCACAGUGAGCCUCUGGGUUCCUCCCUGUCAGCUGACUAAUGAACACUGUUAACUGAGCUAACUUAUGUAUCAUGGAAAAUGGCUCACUAAUUUCUUAGGCUUAUAAUACAGCUCUUUAGCACCAAAUCCAUGGUUUAGCGCCAAAAAAAAUAAAUAAAUAAAAAGAUAAGAAGUGAACAUCUGUGGCAGGCACACCUACGAUCUCAAUACUUGGGAGACCGAGGCAAAACAAUUGUGAGUUCAAAUCAAGACCAGCCUGAGCAGCUUAGCAGGACCUUAAUAUUGAAAUUUAAAGAGGGCUGGUUUUGUAUUUAAGUGGUAGAAUGCUUACCUAGCAUGUGCAACCACUGGAUUUACUCCAGUACCAGGAGACAAGAGAGAGCACACAAAUUGUUCAUCAUGUGAUGGUGAACAAUCUAGCCAUGGAAGUGAGGAAAGUUGGUUCUGAAAGCAAAUUUUAUUUCAUACAGGUUGUUUUGUCUUGGCUCACUGGUAGGGUUGAAGGCCUACCUAUGUACUGGUGCAGGCCCCAGUGUGUGUGUGUGUGUGUGUGUGUGUGUGUGUGUGUGCGCACACACGUGUGCUAACUGAACCGUCUUCUACUCACUAACCCAUGUUGUAUCUCAAUUUCAUCUGGUAACUGAGAUCUUCUAAACAUUCAACAGAAUGCUGUCUUUCUGGCCUGUUGUAUAUUUAUUAAGUGUUGGACCAUGUGCUUGUCAGUGUUUUCAGCCACUCUUCACUGGUGCAUAAAGUAUUAGAGUGAUCUGAUGAUAAGAAAUUCUGUAUUUUUAUUCUGUAAAUGAAAAUAAUCAAAACAUGAUCAGAUUGUGAGAUAUGUAUGCAUUACUUCAAAUAGGAAACGUAAGAGGAGGAAAUGCAGUGCUGUCUCCCACAGGCAUGGGGCAGCUUCCAGUGGAGUCCAUUUGGGUCCCUCAACCGUAAAGAGAUGUUGCUCCCUGCUGUGUCUUUUGCAUUCAACCUUUAGAGCACAUAGCAGUCAACUCCCAGACAGCUGCUGGUUACAGCAUUUUUUUUUUUUUAAAUGAGAAUCAAACGUUUUGAUGACAGGUAGUAUGCAGGAGUCCAGCGGAAGAAGGUGGGAACAUCUCGACACUUUCCAUGGCCACCCUGUUUCCAAGCCUUCCAGUGCUUCACUAAAAGAUUAAACACUGGGGGUUGUAAGUGAAAUCAUGUCAUUUGAGUGAUAACCUUUAUCAAUCAAUAUUUGUUCUGCUCUAACCACCAGAACACUUGAAAACCUAAUAAAAUAUCACUAAAGAAAAAGUUUCAAAAUGCUUAAGAAUAAAAAGUAGUGUCUAGUUGUAAAUUGUUUCUGUUCUGUUCCCAGAGGUCUUUGUGCUCCCCACUCCCCAUUUCUACUCUCCCUUAAUUUCCUCCCUCAGCUUUCUCCUAUUUGACCCGACUAAUGAGUGGGUCGUCACCUGUCACACUAGCUUGCGGUGGCUACUCUAAAAUCUCAUUUUAGGAUUUGGGCCAGCCUUGACAAUCUAACAGUGAAAUGGUUCACCUUCCCCUAGAAUCAAGGACAGAGGAAGGUUGGCAGGACCCAGUUUUCCUCUUUGGAGAUGUAGCCCAGAGGGCGCUCUGCCCCCUGAUCCUAUAUAGCUCUAGAAUGAGUACAUAUGUGAGCGGACUCUAGAAGAGCAAAAAUAGCUAAGUGCUGGUCAUGGGGGCACAUGCCUGUAAUGAGGCAGGAGGUUCACUGUGAGUUCAAGGCCUGCUUGGGCUACAUAGCAAGACCUUGUCUCAAAACAUACACAAAGGCUAAAUAUUAACUACAUGUGGCUUGUUACCUACAAAGUUUCUGUAACUUGUUAUUCCAUUAGUUUUGUCAGCUAUAGUUCAGCAACCUCAACCUCUGGCUUAGGCAAGUGUUACACAGCCCUGAGUUGAUGGUAAACAUUACUUGUGCUGCCUUGUGGUAGAACCAUGUAUAUAUACACAAAGGGGAUCAGAUUCCCUUUGGCAAGGAAUUUCAGAAUGGUUUUUUCAGCAUCAGUCAAAAAUAGGUCAUGGUUGGCUGAUACCACAUGCUUAAACUGCAAGGACCCAUGUCCAGUCUCCAGCACUUUGACUCUGAGGUAAUGGGAGACAGUAGAAUAUUUUCCUUUGGAAAUGGUGUGCCUGCUGUGUUCUGCAAAUCUACCAAAGAUUCCUGUGUGAAGGGUUUCUCAGUGUCUGUGUGUGCAGACCUGCAUCCUCCUGCUUCCUUCGCGGGGUUAGCUCUAGCCCUUCAGUUCAUUAUCUGAAGAGGGCUGGGGAGGGACCACAGGCAGCUGGCACCACAACUCAGUUCUCUCCGCCAAACCUCCAAAUUUAGCAUUGGAGUUGUUUGCAUCUGUGGUGAGGGAGUUGACCAGCCAUUGCUUGAGUAUUCUUCCCAAGGAAGCGCCUUCUUGUGGGUGGCACUGGGAGGACAGUGGUGACCUGCACCACAGGGCCUGAAGAUGUUAUUUUGAAUGGAACAUUUGAUGUCAUUUUUAGGGAACAGAAACCAAAUAACAGAGGCCAAGGACCAUGCCUAUUUCAAGGAGGGAAGGUGAGCACCCUCUGCUGGCAGUAUUUGGAGUUGCUUGAGUGAGGAUCUGUAAGCAGCCUGGAAGGAGUGCUGAGGUCAGCAGGUCUCAGGCAUCCUCACCUUGCAAACAAUCUUGGGGAAACCAGAAGGUCAUUCCCAGCAGUUUUUGUAAUGCCUGUCAUUGCAGGCUGUUGGAUUUAUGUUGUUCUCUCUGGGUGUAAUCUGUCAUGUAUCUGAUAGUCUUUAUGGAUAAUUGUUUGGGUUGUAAACUCCUAUACUCUUUAUUAAAAUGAGCUUAAUUAAGUGAC